AUGGGCUAUAUGCUGUACUCGUUCUUCUUGUUCUCCAUCAUUCUCGGGACAGCGCUCUACUUCACCCGCGCACGAUGGGUUCCAUACCUCCCGGACCGCUUCCAGGACGCCAUCUCGGGACUGUCGUACACCCGCGUGCCGACCACGUUCAUGGGCGACGUCGAGUCGGGCCUGACGUCGGCCGACUUCGACCUGUCGAGUAACAUUGUCGAAGGGGAUUCUCGGUCCGGCCUCGACCAGAAAGCCAAGCGCGACGUGCAGCGGCUCAUGAAGCUUCGAGGGAUCAACUUUGACGAGGCGCGCAGGGUGUACAUGGAGCAACGGUUCAAGAAGAACGGCAUCAACGAAGACGGGAUCCCGCGAGACCCGAAGUUUGUGUCGUUUUCAUGA